CCCAAAAAGAAAAUUUUGCUUCCGACUCUCCACUUGUCUUUUUUAUUAAUUCGCAUACUAUAUCCUGCCUCUGAAAUACCCUCUCCUAAUCACUCCUCUCCCCUCUCCUUUCAUCGUCUGAAUACAAUGGACUUCACAUCGCUCUCCACAGUCUUAUCAUUACCUAAUGCAGCCAACAACGACACGCACAUAUCUCGUGCAACAACAUGGCUGGCUAAAAUGGCCAAACAAGACGAACCAAAAAAGGAUACUACUGACACCAACACCGACACCAACACAGUACCAGAUUAUAUCUUGAACUCCAACCGCAUAGACCUGGCAAUUGCCGCGGCAAUAAGGGCCAGGCAAUUGGACAGGGAGGGCAACAAGGAGGGUGCCGCUCAACUUUUUUCUUUUGGCCUUGAGCACAUGGCAUUGGCCCUCCGAGAUACUCGGCAAAUACGCGAUGUGUAUGUGCGCGAGCGACUGGCUACUCUCAAAAUGCUGCUCUCAGAAUCUACUGAAAUACACACAGAUGCUGUUUCUUUCUCUACUAAUUCAACUGCUGUUAAAACAAAGCCGACGCACAGUUCUAACCUGCAGCUUCCGGCAGACAAUGUGCGGUAUUUGGAUACACACGGAGUUACAAUACUGGCAGUAAUGAGUUUUGUUUUGGAUCUUGUGAACCGGAUUAUCAUCAUGUGGCUGGUGCUGCUCGGAAAUACCUUGGUGUGGGUGUCUGUGCGGUUCAAGAACUCGGAGAUGCCGGAGAUCCUGGCAAAGUACCUUAUGCAGCUGUUUUCCUGGUUGACGGCAUGCAUUCGGUAUUGGAAUUUGCAAGAGCGAGUUUUGAGGCUAUGUGGAAUGGUUUGGGUUUGGAUGGCUUCUGUGGAUGGCGCGACUGGGUUUUGGCAGAGAGUUGCUUGUUCGGUUGCCACCGUGCUAGCCGCCUUUUCCAGGGUCGUCGAGGAGUCGACAAGAAUGGAUUCGGAUAAGCGUUGAAUCGAACAACCACAUUCCAUUCCCUCUCUCUCUUUCUCUCUCUUCCUUGUUUCUUUUUUUUACCAAGGACAUUAUCUCUGUUUUUCCUCCCUCCCUAAAAACACCUUGGUUCGAUUGUAUUGAAUACUUGAUAGUUAUAAUGUGUAAAAAUAAAUAAACAAUGAGGAUAGAAAAGUUGCGAUAUUCUAUUGUAUGGCCAUCAAGGGAGUCAAUUAAAC